AUGCCAAAAUACAAAAUGUUGUUGUGCGGAAUAUUGAAAAUGACCAAAUAACGCGUAGAAUGUAAACAACUUUUCUAACUUAAAAGUUUAUUUAAAAUGUCCAGCUUGUACUUCGAUAUAAAUGAAAAUCAGUGGCCACUCAUUUAUGACGAGAAGUACAAUGUGUCUGUGUGCGGUCUAGAGAAAUUUCACGUGUUUGACGCCAAGAAAUGGCGUAAUAUUAUUCAAUAUCUAAAAGAUGCAGAAUUCAUUACUGAGGAGUGCUUGGUGAAACCUAACGAAGCUCAAAAAAGAGAUUUGAGACGAGUUCAUACAAAACGAUACCUAAAUUCAUUAAAAUGGAGCAUGAGGGUGGCCAUCAUAGCAGAGGUGCCCAUGGUUGCGUUGCUCCCGAACAUAUGUGUCCAGUAUGCGUAUUUGAGGCCUAUGAGACUUCAGACCGGCGGCUCAGUAUUGGCUGGGAAGCUGGCGCUCGAGCGUGGCUGGGCGGUGAACGUUGGCGGGGGCUUCCACCACUGCAGCGGCGACCGCGGCGGCGGCUUCUGUCCCUACGCGGACAUCACGCUGCUCAUCCGGUUCCUGCUGGACAGCGAGCUGAUACAGAACGCCAUGAUCGUCGACCUGGACGCUCAUCAGGGUAACGGAUACCAGCACGACUUCCUAGGCGUGCCCGAGGUGUACAUAAUGGACAUGUACAACAAGCACAUUUACCCCAAGGACCGAGAGGCUAAGCAGGCGAUUCGCCGCAAGAUCGAGCUCGGACAUCGUGUCGAAGAUCUGGAGUAUAUGCUGAAACUGAGGCAGAAUCUAAAAGCGGCGUUAAAGGAGUUCACACCCGACAUUCUGGUGUACAACGCCGGCACAGACAUACUCGACUCGGACCCUCUCGGCAACUUGAGGAUUAGCAGUGUGGGAAUAAUAAAACGCGACGAGUUCGUGUUCGAAAUGUGCCGAUCCCACAAGAUCCCGAUAGUGAUGCUCACGAGCGGCGGGUACCUCCGGAAAACCGCCAGGAUCAUCGCCGACUCCAUCAUGAACUUGCACAGGAAAGGACUGAUCACUGGGAACUGUCCAGUGGCUGAUGAAGAUUAA